ACAAGGUGCCGCUCAGAAAGAGUCGGCAGAUACUAGGGCUCACGUCACUGAGCAAACAAGGUUCGCCUUCCUAGUCAGUGAGAGACUCGACCAACGAACGUACCGGCGGCGCCAUUACUCUCGACGUAUCCGUACGAACGUGACUGUGCCAGGUUUUAGCUCGUUUUUUCUACAACGAUCGCGUUAGAACAUCGUACUGCGCAGUGUAAGAUUUUUAAUCAAGAAGUCAUCGGGUAGCUGAACAGUGUCAGAGAGUUCGCUAAGACAUGGGGGCGAGGUCCCGGGAGUUAAUACUGCUCCUGGCAGCAUGUGCGCUUGCGCUCAGCGAGCCCGUCAACAAGACUGCCAAGAAAGACAUUAAGGACGCAGCAAAUUUUGUGUACCAAUAUGAAGAUUACGACUCCGCAGACGACCAAGAAGUGUUGUUCAACGAGGACAGGCCUUGUCCCAGGGACUGCAUAUGCACUGUAUCUCAGGGAUACAGGAUAGCCAAGUGCAACCGGCUUGAAAUCGGCACGCAGAAGUUUGGCGAUGACAUCACAGACCUCGUGAUCGAGAAUGCUGAUCCGUUGUACCCAAUACAGCUGAACGAUUUCAUUUUCAAGAAGCUGGGAUUACACCAAGUGGCCACGGUCAAGAUUGUGAACAGUACUAUUGACUUCAUCGGCCCCAAUGCUUUCCACGGCCUGAAUGAAUUGUAUGCGCUUAACCUGUCCAAUAACAAACUGAAGAGCUUACAUCCGGAAACGUUCGCAACCAAUAAGAAACUGUUAUUGCUGACUCUUUCAAACAAUCCUCUUAAAUUCCCGGCAGCAGGAUCUGAGGACUACUUCUUGAACACUACCUCUGUGCAAGAGCUUGAUGUAUCUUACUGCAACAUGCAGUACAUUACGGCGAACACUUUCAAGUACAUGCCGGGUCUUAUGUACCUGAACGUUGCUGGCAACAACUUGUCCGACAUGGACCCCGAUACAUUUAAGAAACUUCUCGACUUGGAAGAACUCGACAUCAGCGAUAACAACAUCAAAUCAUUGCCCGAUGACAUUUUCUCGGAAAAUACUGAACUAGCUACCCUUCAUAUUCUGAAAAACCCCAUUGACACUGUCUAUGGCUUGCAAAUCUCAGACUUAUUAACUCUUAACGCUGGUCAAACUAACAUCAAGCUUGUUGGACCCUCCAUGUUCAACGGUAUGACUUAUAUUGCCAAUCUUAAUCUCAGUGGAAACAGCAUUGAGAAAAUCCAUAAUCAAGCAUUCCAUAAGCUCGUAGAGCUCAAUUAUCUGGACCUUUCUUACAAUAAUUUAGACUUCAUUUCAAGUAUUCUGAUUAAAGAAAACAUUGAAUUAGACAUAUUUAAAAUUUCCAACAACCCCAGAUUGAAACAUUUACCAGAAGAAGGAUUUAUGUGUUCUGCUGAUCAAUUCAAUAUUUAUUUCUUUGAUGCUUCGAACUGUGGUCUUGAGGAAAUUUACGACGAUUCUCUUAAAACUUUCUCCGCUUUAUCUGUACUAAAUCUUUCUGAUAACAAUAUUAAAUCGAUCAGUAAUAAAGUAUUCACUCCAUGCCCAAGACUGGUAGAAAUCAAUUUGGCAAACAAUAUGCUUACCACUUUGGAACCGAAACAGUUCGAGAAAAAUAAGGAACUCGCCAAGUUGAAUCUUCAAGGAAACCCCUUGAAAGUACUGUCCAUUGAAGUAUUUGUUCACACGCCUGUAAUGACUUGGCUGGAUAUGAGUCACGCCGAAUUGACCUCACUUUGGAAAGUGGACAAAAACCACACCACGGGUGUGCUCAACAGUUUAACUUUUUUGAACGUGUCGCACAACAGAAUCAAUGAAAUCAAGCAAACUGAACUGGAUAAUUUGAACAAAUUGCGCACCCUGGAUAUUACUAAUAACCCACUGGCAUGCAGCCGUGACUUUGAAAACCUUAUGACGUGGUUGAGUAACCGCAAGGUAUCUCCUAACGGCAACGCUGCGAAUAUCGCUAACUUGGCCAGAGACGGAAAGGACGACGAUGAAACUUACAGCUGGGACUUCCUGACCCGUAAGACGUGUGGUAGUGCUCUACCACACCCUGUUGAGCCCUUACCAGAGGUUUCCGAUGAGGAGAUGUGGGAGAGAAUCGACAAAGAUGCUGAGGGUAACUUUGAUGUAAAGAAUAUUUUAGAUGAUGAAAAAUUACCUGAAGAUUCUAAAGCACCCGAAAACAAGCUGAAUGCUGAUACUGUUAAUGACGACAAGGAUGACGCUGAUACUGAGGGUGAUGAAUUUUCAGAGGAGGAUGAAGAUGAUGGCGAAGAAGACGACUCAGGCGAAGACUACGAUGAAGGUGAUGGUGACGACGACAUUCACCUUAAAGUUAAACUCAUUGAGAAGCCUGAAUCCAAGUCCGACGGCGUAUACAAAGCACCACCAGCAGGACCUCAAACAGACAAAGUAAAGAUCGACUUCAAACUGCUAGACAACGACAAUAUGUAUGACGAUUUAGAAUCCGACAUAUACACCGAAGCUCGCACCGCUGACGAGGACCAUGGCCACUACGAGUACUUGUGGCCUAUAUCGAUCGCCAUCUUGGGCGCCCUCUUAUUACUGAUUGUGAUCGCCAAAGUGGUCAUGAUCAUGUGCGGCAAAAAGACGAAGCAGAUGCGAUACAACAGUGCCAUAAUCGCAGCCAUGAGCCAGCCGGGCCGCACGAAGAAGGACUGCGGCCUGGUGUACCAGCAGUUGUCGGAAGACGUGACCGGCCCAGCCACGCCCAAGCUGAACCGCUAUGCGCCCCUUCACAACGUUACUGUGAACGCGUCCAACACGUCGUACGAGAGCAGUCCUUUCCACCACAGCCAGGUUGUGCCAGAAGCGGUUUGAGGCACGCGUACAAACAUACGUUAGAGUUUAAAACACGAAACUAACAACUGUGUUAACUUUUCAUAAGCAGUAAGUGAUAGAAUGUAAGCGCUAGUCACAGCUGAAUACAUAUCUAACAUUUCUUAGUACAGUGCCUUCAAACGACGAACACUCUCGAACAAUAUUGCGACCAUCGUUCUAGCGCUUUUUGAAUUAUGAAAUAACAAAUUAAAGUCAAAUUACAACAAAUUAAUUUAAGAUUAUACAUAUUAUAUAUUUUACAAAUUAGUUGAUAGGUUUAUUUUAUGUACUUAAAAUUAUUAAAAUUAAACACCACAUUGUUGUUUUUGUUGUAUUAUCCCUAUGACUUACAAAUAAAGGAAAAUGUUGUAAUAUAAAA